AUGGGUUGCGCUUCAUCUGAUUCUGCUUCAACAGAUAAUCCCAGAAAAAGAGAACCACAAAAAGAGUUUACAGGAGAAAAGAUUUCAUCAGAGAUCUUUGUCGACUUAAAGGAUGGCAAUAUUUAUGAAGAGUAUGAGGUCAGGUCAACUUUGGGAGAAGGAGCAUUCGGUUGUGUAAAAUUAGUAGCUCAUCGUAAAACAAGUAUUAAUUGAAAUAAACAAUAUAGAAAUGCCAUAUGCUAUGAAAUAGAUAAAGAAAUAAGGAUUAAUUAAGGAGGAUUAAAAGAUCUUAUUUAGUGAAAUGGAUAUUUUGAGGUUAAUUGACCAUCCCAAUAUUGUUAAGUUACAUAAACUAUAUUAAGACAAUAUACAUUAUUAUCUGAUAACUGAGUUAUGUUAGGGUGGAGAACUAUUCGAUAAACUUGCAUCUGAAAAGAACUUUACUGAAAAAAAGGCAGCUGAAAUUAUGAAAUAAGUCUUAUCUGCUGUGACAUAUUGUCAUGAAAGGAAAAUAAUUCAUAGAGAUCUAAAAUUAGAGAAUAUAUUAUUAGAAACUAAAAGUGCUAAUUCAAAUAUUAAAGUUAUUGAUUUUGGCACUUCUAGUAGAGUAUAAGAAGACGAAAAAUUAAAAUUAAAAAUUGGGACUGUAUUUCUAUAUUUUAAUCUUAAGUUAUAUUAUAUGGCUCCUGAAGUUUUUCAAGGUCAAUAUGAUCUAAAAGUAGAUGUUUGGAGUGUUGGUGUAAUAUUAUAUAUUCUUUUAUGUGGAUAUCCUCCUUUUAAUGGUGAUGACACAACUAUUAAAAAGAAAAUUUAAAAAGGAACUUUUGAAUUCAACGGUAUUAAUUUAUAUUCUAAUUUAAUAGAUACUGAAUGGAGAUCUAUUUCUUAAGAAGCCAAAGAUUUAAUAACUAAAAUGUUAAAAUAUGAUCCUUAAUAAAGAAUAACAGCUCAAUAAGCAUUGUAAGAUCCAUGGAUUUAAUCAAAAGCUCCUAAUAAUCCAGUAUAAGUCAAUGCACUCAAUAAUUUAAAAGAUUUUUAUGUAUAAAAUUUAAAGAUAAAAUAUAGAGUACAUCAAAAUUAAAGAAUGCCAUAUAAUUAUUCAUUGUAACACAAGUUACAACAUAUUAAGAAAAGGAAGAAUAAUUAAAAUAAUUUAAAGCCAUGGAUACUGAUGGAAAUGGAACAAUUAGUCCUGAAGAAUUAAAGAAACAUUAUUCUAAAUUUUAUGGAUAAGAGUAAGCUGAAAAAUUAGUUUAAGAAAUUAUGAAAUAAGUUGAUAUAAACUAAUCAGGAUAGAUUGAUUUUAAUGGUACUUCAUUUAAUUAUGAAUCCUAAUAGAAUUUUUAGUGGCUGCUGCAAAUAAAGAAAAAUUACUUUCUUAAGAAAAACUAAAAUAAGUAUUUUAGAUGUUUGAUAAAGUAAGAAUAAUUAUAAAAAAUUUAGAAUGGUGAUGGUAAAAUUUAAAGAGCUGAACUUUAAUANUAUUAAUUGAAAUAAACAAUAUAGAAAUGCCAUAUGCUAUGAAAUAGAUAAAGAAAUAAGGAUUAAUUAAGGAGGAUUAAAAGAUCUUAUUUAGUGAAAUGGAUAUUUUGAGGUUAAUUGACCAUCCCAAUAUUGUUAAGUUACAUAAACUAUAUUAAGACAAUAUACAUUAUUAUCUGAUAACUGAGUUAUGUUAGGGUGGAGAACUAUUCGAUAAACUUGCAUCUGAAAAGAACUUUACUGAAAAAAAGGCAGCUGAAAUUAUGAAAUAAGUCUUAUCUGCUGUGACAUAUUGUCAUGAAAGGAAAAUAAUUCAUAGAGAUCUAAAAUUAGAGAAUAUAUUAUUAGAAACUAAAAGUGCUAAUUCAAAUAUUAAAGUUAUUGAUUUUGGCACUUCUAGUAGAGUAUAAGAAGACGAAAAAUUAAAAUUAAAAAUUGGGACUGUAUUUCUAUAUUUUAAUCUUAAGUUAUAUUAUAUGGCUCCUGAAGUUUUUCAAGGUCAAUAUGAUCUAAAAGUAGAUGUUUGGAGUGUUGGUGUAAUAUUAUAUAUUCUUUUAUGUGGAUAUCCUCCUUUUAAUGGUGAUGACACAACUAUUAAAAAGAAAAUUUAAAAAGGAACUUUUGAAUUCAACGGUAUUAAUUUAUAUUCUAAUUUAAUAGAUACUGAAUGGAGAUCUAUUUCUUAAGAAGCCAAAGAUUUAAUAACUAAAAUGUUAAAAUAUGAUCCUUAAUAAAGAAUAACAGCUCAAUAAGCAUUGUAAGAUCCAUGGAUUUAAUCAAAAGCUCCUAAUAAUCCAGUAUAAGUCAAUGCACUCAAUAAUUUAAAAGAUUUUUAUGUAUAAAAUUUAAAGAUAAAAUAUAGAGUACAUCAAAAUUAAAGAAUGCCAUAUAAUUAUUCAUUGUAACACAAGUUACAACAUAUUAAGAAAAGGAAGAAUAAUUAAAAUAAUUUAAAGCCAUGGAUACUGAUGGAAAUGGAACAAUUAGUCCUGAAGAAUUAAAGAAACAUUAUUCUAAAUUUUAUGGAUAAGAGUAAGCUGAAAAAUUAGUUUAAGAAAUUAUGAAAUAAGUUGAUAUAAACUAAUCAGGAUAGAUUGAUUUUAAUGGUACUUCAUUUAAUUAUGAAUCCUAAUAGAAUUUUUAGUGGCUGCUGCAAAUAAAGAAAAAUUACUUUCUUAAGAAAAACUAAAAUAAGUAUUUUAGAUGUUUGAUAAAGUAAGAAUAAUUAUAAAAAAUUUAGAAUGGUGAUGGUAAAAUUUAAAGAGCUGAACUUUAAUACAUAAUGUCUGGUAUUAAGAUUGAUGAAAUAUAAUGGAAAAAUAUUUUAGAAGAAUGUGAUAAAGAUAAAGAUGGGGAGAUUUCGUUAGAUGAAUUAAUCACUUUAAUGUAAAAACUAAAGUGA